AUGCAUAACCCCCCUUUCCAUAACUUCCUCCUAGCGGGACCAGGAAUGUACACGUUCUUGAACAUGCACGUCCCACCUCAUCAGUACAUCAUAUCCCGAGACCAGGUCAAGUCCUUUGUCCAGUACGAUGCCAAGUUGCAUUCUGGCGAAGACAUCGCACUAGCCUCAGCUAUGACAAAUGGCUCUAUCAAGGUCAACGGACCCACCUGUGACCGCCUCGUUCCUGGUAGGCGACUGACAAAGAGCCCGUCAUCACUCCAGAUGUCGUCCAACUGGCUGUCGAAGCCCCACGCGACCCUGGUGAUGGUUGCUGGUUGGACACACAUAAGGCCUGAGCUCAUUGACAAUACGUUGUGGGACAUGCUUGAGUAUUCCCACCAGCAUGAUGAGGCUAUUAAGGCUCGUAAGGAAAGGCGAGGAAUUUCGAAGGUUAUCAUACCAAUCAUACCUGUACCCGCACCACUUCUCAUCCUAAUGCACCUUCUUGCCCCACAUGCAGCCAGUUCCAGCCAAGCCGGCACCCUAACCAUCCCAGACGGCGAUGUACAGAUGGAGGCUAUUGAGACCCAGAUCAAGCGAGGGGAGAAGGAGGGAUCAGCCAACAGAAAGGGCAAAGGAUGCAAAAAGUAA